CUUGCUUCAUUCUCUCUCUAAAGAUAACUUAAAAUUAAAAUCAUUUCAUUUCUUCUUCAACUGGCAUCUUCAAUCUUUCACAAGGAUCCUUUUUUAACUUAAAGAGAUCUUCCAGAGUUGUUGUGAGAUGGAAUUGGUGUCUGGGAAAGUAAUUCAAGGUUGCUCCAACGCAGGCAAUCCUUUCCAUGAGUGUACUGCUAUUUGUUUAGAUAAAUUAAACUCCGUGGAUCAUGUCUACAAGAAGGAGAAGAAGCUUUUUGGGUUUGGUAAGAGAACUCCAAGUAGGGACACUCCUCCAGACAGCCCGGCUCGUGGAAGCAGAUCGCCUCUGCCCAGCUUUUUCGCCGCCAAAAAGAAGGUUGAGUCAAACAGUCCAUCUUCCACUGAUCACACCAAUAAUAACUUCUUCAGCCGCCUUUCCCCGCUACAUGGACUACCAUCCCAACUCAAGAACGAGGCUGCAACCAGUGUGGACUCGCUCCCCAUGUCUCCUACUCUGGCUGGAUAUUUAGGAGGAGACUAUUUUGCAAGAAAGCGUGGUGGUGAGGAUGAUGAUUUGUACUCUCCAAGGCCUUUUGGAAUUCGUCCUAAGACGCCUGAACACCCUCUUAGGACGCCUCAGCAUAGGCCCCGUACACCCCAACACGUCCCUGAUACUAGGCCGUGGGCGAACCAAGAGGAUCCAAUUUCUCUAGAAACUAGGCCAAAGACGCCCAUACAUGAGUCUUCUGCAAUAGGACGGAGGCCCCAAACACCAGAAACUAGGAAGCAGACUGCACAACAUAGGGGGAGGUCGACUGAGUUCAUGGCAAGAUCCCCCGGGCCAAGGUCCAAGACCCCAGAGCCUCAACCUACCUACUAUGAACCAUCCUCAAGGAGUCCAAAAACGCGGUCCAAGACGCCAGAACCCAGUACUAGGGUUCCACAAACUCAGCCCAUAUCCCACAGAUCUCUUGACAGUGCUGAAACUAGGCCUAGGACGCUGGAACACCAGACCAGGACCGUAGAAACAAGGCCAAGAAUACAUGAAAGUAGACCAAAGACUGCAGUCCAUAGAGGAAGAUCACCUCAUCACAGAGAGACGAUCUCACAAAAUCAACAUAGUUCCUUUGAGAUGGGUCAAAGAUCACCUCAGAACCACAUUUAUCUUGGGAGCAAAGAUGACUCGGAGAACGAUGAUGACUCAGUUCUACUCUAUCCAGAACUUAUUUUGUCACCUCAAGAAAGGCCACCCGUUACGGCUAGUCGCAAGGGAUAUGAAACUCCUACCAAACAAGAAGAACGUUUCGAUCAACUUGAUGAGCCCGCAAGCUCAGAUGACGAUAAAUUUUCAUUUGUGGAUGAUGAUGAUCACGACGAUAAGCAAGACAAGGAGCCUCCAGAGCUCCCAGAUGAAUCACAGAGCUUCAGUCUCUCAGAAAUCUCCCGCAUGAAAGGAAUAAUAACAAUAAAGAAGAGUGACGAGAUCCAGUCCAUUGUAUCUGACUCUAUUGUUUCUGUGGGAGACUACAGAGUCCGAGCGAGCGUCUCGGCCACUCUUUACCAAAUCCUCAACAAGCACGGCGACAUUGCAUCCGGUUCUAAACUACAUUCGCUUCCCACGCGAUCCUACUACCUCGAGAUGCUUGCCUCCGUUGUUUUCGAACUCCAGACGACGCCCUUGAGGCAUCUCAAGGAGUCCCGCGUGGUGGAAAUGCUAGCGAUUGUUAGAGACGUUGAGUCGGUGAAAAUCAAGGCGGGUUGGCUCACGCCCGUCCUGGAGGAAAUAGUCGAGGCGGUGAAGCACUACGACCAGCACGAGAGGAGCAGAGUGGAGAGAGAGGUGUGGGAAGGGGAAGUGUUGCUUGUGAGACAAGAAAUGGAGAGAGAGGGGAAGGAGCUGAAGGAGAAGGAGAAGAAACUGAAGGAGUGGAGAGAGAGAACGACGGAGAUGGCUGGGAAGUUGGGUAGUCUUGAUAUGAGACGAGCGCGUCUUGACAAGAGCUUGGCGCUUUUGAGUUCCAAGGUGGACAAGUUUCAGGGUAAAUAUGUUCUCUUGUGACCAAACAGUUACUUCUUGUUCAUUUGGCGUUGCGUAUGCAUCCGAUUAUUCUUUUGUUCAUCACGUGUGAGUGACAAGACAAAGCCUAGCUAGCCGCAAAAUAAGCAUUUGUGAUUAUCUGUUUUUGGCUUUUCGUUAGAGUGUAAUUAUGUAUAUGUGAUUAUCUGUUUUCUACACGUCCUGUUCUACGUAUAUUUAUCUC